AUGGACAAGUACGUGAAGCGCAUCAAGAGGAGAGAAGAUGAAGGUGGAAACUACACGGACGCCGACAAAUUCUACGUACCCAGCGGCCAGUGGAUGGCUGCGGACGCUGCUGUGGCCUGUGCACUAGACGUUCAACAACCUGCGGCCCCUCAAAAGUCCGAACGACCGGCCACUCCGCCUUCGCCGAUUUCGUCCGUGUCGCCGGUGUCGGAAGACAUAUCGAGAAAAACAAUAGGACGAAUGAAACGCAUUUACGUUUCUAGACGUUUGGUGUUUGAUGAUGAAGAAAAAGUCAGCGUAAACAAGGCUGUUAAUCAACAAUUGAUCAUCAACUCUCAACCAACUGAUGUCAUGAAAGAAAAGACGACUUCAGAAGAUGAUUCUUAUAUGACUAUCAUUGAUUCUCUGUCGGCUCGUGGUUUUGUCGUAAAUAAUCCCAAUCCCUGUGAUAACGGUGGUGGAUCAUUUGGACAAUAUGACCUCCAUAUGUCUGCCAGCCCAGAUCCGGAGACGACAGACAUGACAAGAGAAGUUGGUGGUGAACUGACGUCGUUGUCACCUGUUUGUGGCCAGUUUGAAUGUCUGUCAGUGUUUGAGGGCAUCGUUUACACUGUGCGUGUUGCGGCCGUCGGUCCGGCAGGUGAUAACUUAAUUGAGACAGCAAAAGUGUUAGCAACUGUUGGCCCACACCCGCACAUUGUCUCAUACUUCUGCAACUGGACUGACGCAAAGUACCAUUACAUUCAAACAGAACAGUGCCAAUCAAGCCUGUCGUCACUGCGCAUGAACAGCGUUGCUGACUGCCAGACUGUGUUGGAACACAUUUCGUGCGCGCUCCACUAUUUGCAUGAUGGUAAGAUGUACUCUCACAAUUGCGUCAACCGCCAAAACAUCUACUUGGCCUUGGACGGUGACCGCGUUGUGUACAAGCUAGGAGGGUUCGAAGCGGCCACUAAGAUUCUAGUGGAUAAUAGUGCCGCAGCAGCUGAUGUCCAAUCUUUGUGUUUGAUGGUGUUAGAGCUGAUCGAGAACGGAGAUGGGUGGUCCGCUGAUGAGGAAGAUCUGAGGCUGUAUCUGUCAAACAUGUCAGGAACAGUAAAUCCGGGCGCCGCAAACGCUUUAUCCGUUUGGCGUUGGUGUUGUGGCACCCGACACCGGCCACCACUACUGCAAUCACUCCAGACCAGCUUUUCGAACAUGAACAUGAUGUAUUGUAACCUCGGAACAAAUAAUAAGGAUAGAGUAGGUGCAGCCGAUCAAAUCGCAGUAGUGUCAUUACUCAGAAAAAAUGAAGCGCGUCGAGCUUCAGAAAUUACUAUGGAUACCACUCCAAGAAAGUGA